GAGCGCAAUGCCGGUGAGUGGAUCAAAGUCGGCAUUUUCGAAAUAUUAUACUCAGAUCGUCAAGGAGUGCGAUGAGGCUGUGGGCUGGGACUGCGUGGAAUCGUUUGAUAAAAAGGGGCAAACAAUGACAGUUCUAUUAAAGGAUGAGUCAGAACGCAUUCACCAUAUAUACGUGAAUUUUGCCCAAGACACGUUCACCAGCACGAUCGACACCGAUCAAGUGCCCCUGAGUACCGGCUUAUUCCGCUACAUGGAGCAGCAAAAAAAGCACUGUUAUCAAAUGUCCGACACCUGGGAUAUCCUAGACGAUCUCGACGCCACCCUCUGUGUUCUCCAACCGGUGCAUCCAAAAAGAUCAGAUCUUUCGCGAAGAAUCGCUAUUAGUCAUAUGGCUACGGCACUUUUUGAGGUUUCUCCAGAGAGGUAUUACCCUAAACUUGUGGUUUAUGGACCGGCCGGGUUUGUAGGACCGUUGAAUCUGAGGGCAAAGGAGUUAAAGAAUAUAUGGGUUACCCCUAGUGGUGGUAAUGGUGGUGGUGGUAGGUCGGUUAGGGAUAAUUUGGAAUUGGUUUUAAGCAUGGAGUUGCCUCGGAAGGAGGAGGGAUUUGAUGGGAGUGAUAUUAUGUUGGAGUGUGGGAUUUGUCUUUCGUUUGAGGUGGAAGAUGAGGCUGCAGACCAGGUGUGUACGAAUGAUUCUUGUGCGCGGCCAUUCCACAGACAGUGUUUGAUACAGUGGUUGACUACCAAGGAAGACACGCGUCAGAGCUACAAUACUUUUUUUGGAAAGUGUCCAUACUGCAGCGGAGUAAGUUACAAAUAUUCAAUACUUUUAUGUAGGAAUAAUAUUGCCUCACCUUUUGUUUGAU